AACCUAAAAGGGGGCACGAUCUAUUUCUCCCUCGGAACUAUCGCAUAGCGCUGUAUCCCCACAGAGUUUGGUGGUCAUCCUCUUUCUCCAUAGAUCGAAAGUUUCAAACCUUAUUACACCUGGAUACAAAGAUGAUGAUCGUUUUACACCUGCAUUGAAAGUUCGAAAUCCUUUUACACCCAAAACUGGUUUACUGUUGGUUUACUGUAUAUAAAUUAAACCUGAUCAUCCUAUAACCAAUUAUAUACUUGAUUAAACCAAAACAACCCAUUAAAUUAUCAAUUACAACCCGAUUAUCCAAAUCUAAAUACCCGAGUUCUGGGUUUCUUCAUCGACAAAAAAAAAAGUAACCUUAAGAACGAACCCUAAAAACAAAAUCACCUAAAUCUUUGAAAUUGAGAGGAGAUUUUCGAGGGUUUCUAGUUGAUUACAUCUGUUAUCAAUGUCUGUUGUGUCGUUUCAUGAAGUGCCUUCUCUUGUUGACGAAUCUGACGAUGAAGAAGCUAUGGAGCGAAACGCCUUUCGAAUCGAGGAAGUUGUGGCUGGUUUCAUUGAUGAGGCUCCAAUCCGUCAUGAUAUUAUUCCAGAGAGUGAUAGCGACAGUGAUGCUGAGGAGGAAGAGGGACAAACACUUUCGAAGAAACAAAGAACCCGAGAUCGUGACCGCCUGAGACGAAGUGAUGGAAACCUGUUCGAAGGGCAACUGUUCUUCAAUGGAGUGGCAUUUAAAGAGGCUGUUCUUGACUACGCAUUGAAGACAGGCUAUAAUCUGAAGCAAUAUAGAUAUGACAAAACCAAGCUUGGAUAUUGUUGUGCAGGAAGAAAUGUGGAUUCGGUGUGUGGUUGGCGUAUCUACUGCUCUACUAGGGCAGAAUCUGAGCGAUGGCAGAUAAGAGUGUUCAAGGAUAAGCAUAGUUGUGUACCCAAUGGAGAAUGUAAGAUGAUUAAAGUCCCUGUUAUAGCUAGGUUAUUUGUGGAUAAGAUCAGGGAAGAAAUGGAGUAUUAUAUGCCUAAGAAGAUGGAAGAAAUUAUUAAGGAAAGAUGGAAGAUUAGUGUCUCAAGACCUCAAUGUCAAGCUGCUAGAAACAAGGCAUUGAGAUGGAUUGACAAAGAAUAUGAGCAGCAGUUUGCUCGUCUUCGUGACUACGCAGCUGAGAUCAUGGAAUCAAACAUCAAUUCUACGGUGGAGGUUGAAACUGUGAAAAAUAAAGAAGGCCAGGAUGUGUUUGAUCGAUUUUAUGUGUGUCUAGAUGUGUUGAGGAGAACAUGGAAAUCGACUUGUAGGCCAAUAAUAGGAGUUGAUGGUUGCUUCUUAAGAGGAAAAACCAAAGGUCAAUUGUUGGUUGCUCUAGGUCGAGAUGCUGAUAAUGCCAUCUAUCCUAUAGCAUGGGGUGUUGUACAAGUUGAAAACACUGAUAAUUGGUUGUGGUUUGUGAAGAACAUCAAGGCAGACUUGGCCUUAGAUGAUGGUGAUGGUUUCAUAUUGAUUUCAGACCGUCAAAAGGUGAGUUCUUUGUCUUGUAAAUGUAAGUGUCUAUGAUUAAGUGUAAUAGAUUAUCUUUUUACAGGGACUGAUCAAGUCUGUAAAAACAGAGCUACCAAAGAUUGAGCAUCGAAUGUGUGUCAGACAUAUAUAUGGAAACGUGAAGGGCAGACAUGGGAAGAAGACUGAGCUGAAGAAACUAAUUUGGUGGCUUGCAUGGAGCUAUAACGAGGCAGAAUAUAAGGAAAGGCUUGACCGUGUGUUCAACUAUGAUUCAGAGGUAUUUGAAGAUGUUAUGAAGACAAAUCCAACUUCUUGGGUAAGAGCAUUUUACAAGAUAGGCAAUUUCUGCGAGGAUGUUGAGAACAACUCUACAGAAUCUUUCAACAGCUCUAUAGUUCAAGCGAGAGAGAAGCCCUUAGUUCCGAUGUUAGAAACAAUUGCGCGUCUGGCGAUGGUCCGUAUAGCUGCUAGAGAUGUUAAAGCUACCGAACACAAACACAUAUGUACUCCUUAUGUGAUUGAGUAUCUUCAAGAGGAACAUAAUAAGGCUGCAAAGUGUGUGGUUCAUAGGAGCACAAAUAAUAUGUGGUUAGUGAAUCUCGAAUGAUGUUAUUUUCGGGUUAGCUUAGAGAAGAGAUCAUGUAGUUGCAUGAAAUGGGAUAUCACAGGAAUCCCAUGUGAGCAUGGAUACGGUGUUAUACUCCAAAAGAAACUAGAAGCUCAAGACUUUGUCUGUCACUGGUUCCGGACAUCAACGUGGAGAAAGACUUAUGAAGAGGGUAUAAUUCCGAUAAGAGGAGCACGGUUCUGGCCAAGUUCAUCAGCUCCAUCAGUUCAUCCAGCCCCUGAUCCUGAUCAACCUGGCCGCAAAAAGAAGAAUGCGAAGGAGAAGAGGAAGAAAGGUGUUAAUGAGUCGCCAGUGAAGAAGAAAGCUAAAACUCUGAAGCGAAUAAUGCAUUGCGGAAUUUGCGGUGAGGCCAACCACAACUCUCGGUUCCAUAAAAAGGUAUGCCAUUAUUUGUGUUUGUUAGAGGGUCAUAAGGAUGUAUCAUAUCAAUUUGCUAUUCUUUGAUACAUUUUUCUGUUUGUUACAGGGUCAGAAGGAUGGAACAUCACAAAUCAAAGCUUCCCAAGGGCCAGCUGCUCAAGAGAUCUAGGAGUCGGAUACAUGUAGUAGAAAAAAAAAGAGUGGUUUUAUGUUUCUGUCUUUGUCACCUUCUGUAUUAUGCUCUCUAUUUUGAAUAUAUAUAUAUAUAUAUCUAAGAUAUCUUUUGGCUUUGCAACACCAUAAACGAUUUCAUACUACAAAACAAACGAGUUCAUCAUAAAAGACAACACACAACCACAAGACAAAGAGUUUCACACAUGAAAGAUGACAAAAAGACAACACACAACCAUAAGACAAAGAGUUUCACACAUGAAAGAUGACAAACACCAAUUCAUUAACAUGGAUUAACCUAUAACUUUUGUGAGAGCAAUCAACAUAACACAUCCAAUUACUACAACAACACACACUCUCUUCACACUCUCUUUUGUCUCCACCAAUGCAGCCUCAACUCUCUCGAAUAUCUCUUUCUCCAGCUUCACUUCCAAUCUCUCAAACGUCUUCUUCUCGUCAAGCUCACGUUCUUCCAAAAUCUCUGUGACCAUCUCUUCAAGUCUUCCAAAUUUUCUUUGUAAUGUCUCUAUCUCAUCUAGUAACCCUUCAUCAACCCACUUGAAAGCAUGGUCAUCAUUCUCCAGCUAUAAACAGAGAAUUUAAUAGCAAUGAAAGUCACAAAUCAACAACAUUUACAGCAUAUAACAUUGGAAUGAUUUUUUUUUUUUUUUUGGGAUUUAGCUUUGGAUUACCUUCUUCGCUACAGCAUAACCACAUCGAUAGUAACGUCGGUACGGAUUGUUCACUGAAUUCGACAUCUUUGGAAGAAUCUCAAAGCCACACCAACAUUUCUUUGGCACACCAACAACUCUUGACCGCCUCCUUGAUGAUCCACUCGAAUUUCCAGACACAUUGCUCAUCUUUAGUGUUCUUUGUCACGAUCUCUCUCUUAUUCUCCCCAAAUAUGAGUUUCCCCAAUUCGAUUUUUAGGGUUCUUCCUCAGUUAUUGCGAAUUUAAAACAAACAUAAAAGGAUUCUCGGGUCGGGUCGUAGAUAACCAUUUUGUUAGGUUUACAAAUGGUUUGGUUUAAGAAAAUUUGGUUUACUAUUGGUUCGAGUACACAGACCGACAAUUUCAACGGUAUGGAGAUAUAGAUUUCGAACUUCGGAUCCAGGUGUAAUAAGGUUUGAAACUUUCAAUCUAGGGAGAAAGAGGAUGACCACCAAACUCUGUGGAGAUACAGCGCUAUGCAAUAGUUCCGAGGGGGAAAUAGAUCGUGCCCCCAACCUAAAAAAGAAGAAACAAUCGAAAAUGGACACUAGAACCUUCGAACUGAGGUUGGGCUCGCUUAUCAUAAAAGCACUAACCGCUAGACCACACAUAAUCAUGAUAUUUAUUACACAUAUUUAGUUUAUAACCCCUAAAACAAUAUUAAAACCCUAAAAGUUACACCCUGAUUAAUCCCCGUAUAAUUUCUGAUUAAUACAUUCGACGCUAGGUGCCACCGCACCGCACGCGCAGUGCCUAACGAGUUUUCGAACAUGGGCUAAAACUAUCUCCAAUAGUACUCUAUUUUUUAUUCUAAAAUAUAGUAACUUUAUAAUAGAGUUUGAAUUCGCUAUAAUGGGACUCUAUUUUAAAGUAAAAAAAAAAAGUGAUGAAUAAAAUAAUAAAUUACUCUAUAUUUGGUGUAAACUUAUUUUUUAUUUUAUUAUAGAGUGAUAAAUAGAAUAUGGUUGAAGCAUAGAGUGGAGUUGGAGAUGAUGCUUAGAAUAAUGGGAUUAUCCGUAACACCUUGGAAAAAAUAAAACCAGGAUUUGGACGCCAAGAUGUUAAAAAGAUUUAUGGAAGACUUUCCACGCAAGUCUAGAAACCAAAACCAAGCUCCAUUAUUGGUAGUCGAUGAUCAGUGAUUUAAUUAUAUGACCAACCAAUUGGUCCACGUUCUUGUCUAGUCAAAUAACUAACAUCAACGUAUCAACUAGCAAGUUUAAGCAAACAACGAAAAAGACAAACGAAGAGAAGAUGAAGGAAGAGCAAGGUCUGUAUAAGAUUGCCAAGCAAGCAUCAACGUGGUCCUAUGCAAUUGGAUUCGACGUUUCGUUACACUAAAAAAAUAUUUUAUUUUUUCCUGAAGUGGGAAAACACCAACAAAAUUAGAAAAAGAAGAAAAAUAAAUCGUUUAAAAUGGAGCGUGGCGAAGUGUGAACACAAACACCUAGAGAGAUCUGAGAGUCAAUUCUUCGGGGUGACAUGUGCAUGAGAAGUAUGUCAAGACGCGUUUUGGGGGUUUAAAACUCUUAGCUAAUACCGAAGUAUUAUUAAUCAAAAGAUCCCCGACAACAAACGCAUUUUAUUUAUUCUAAGACUUAUGGGCCAGUGUAUCAGAAGACUCUAGAAGAAUUCAGGCAAUUACGAAUGACUAAAUGGGUAAUGAGGUCAGGCAUUCGAUAGAAAGCAUAGAAAGGAACUUUACGCAAGUUCUUAAUUAACUAAUUUCAAAUUUGUCUUUAUUGUAUGAAAAAUCUAAGUUCAUACCUUGAUUAAGAUUGGCUAAUGCGUUUCACAUUUUUGUUCUCCACAAAUCCUUUUGCAAGAAAAUAACUACAUUUUCUUUGUACAAACAAAUUUUCUAUUGAACAAUUAAUUUGAAAUUUCAGAAAAAAGAAAAAAAAAGAAAAAAAAAAAGAAAAAGAGAGAGCUGUAAACACGAUAGUUGUAUGUUAAGGAUGGCUGGAGUUUGAACGUUGCAUGGUGUAAAAGCGAUAAAUCACACAACAAAGACAACGACCUAAAAUGAGAUUGUGCAUGCGAAGAUGUAAGGGUAUCAAGACUCGUUUGGGUUUUUUUUUUGCAACACUCGUUUGGGGUUUAUCGUUUAUAAUUCUUAGUUAGGAUACCAAAGUGUAAAUAAUCAAAGAUCUCCAACAACAAAACAUUGUUAGUGUAGAAGAAGACUCUAGAAGAAUUGAGGCAAUCAUGAUUUAUGAAUGACUAAAUGGGUAAUGAGGUCACUGAAAGCAGAUAAAGGAACUUUAAGCAUGUUUUUAGUUAACUAAUUUGUCUUUAUUAUAUGCAAAAUCUAAGUUCCUGCCCUGAUUAAGAUUGGCAUUAUGUUUCACAUUUUUUUAUUCUCCACAAAGCCUUUACAAGAAAAAUAAAUAUGUAUUGUGAUUAAAGAAGAGAGACACAACAUGAUAUAUAACACUAGAAAAGACAUCAUGAUAAGCUUUCUUGACUACAAACUUGGCUCAUCCGCCGUUAGUUUGAGGUGAAAUUAAUAUGGUUUUCUUAUGAUUUGUCAUUUUUAUAUAUUUCAUUGUACUUUGUACAAACAAAAAUUUUCUGUGGAACAAUAAAUUUGACAUUUAUAAAGAAAAGAAAGAGAUCCGUAAAUAAUAGUUAGUAGUAGCGUUAAGGAUGGCUGGACUUUGGAUGAUUUGUGGUGUGAAGGCCAUAAUCACACAACUAAGACAAUGUCCUAAAAUGAGAUUGUGAGGAAACAUGACCUUCACUUUACAAGUACACUUGGACUAAUUUCCAAAAGGUCAGUUCAGAAUUAUAGUUUUCAAAAAAAGAAAAAAUCGUUUUCACAAAUCAAAAGUAUAUUUUGAACAUAAAACUUUACGUGACAGUCAUACUAAACAAAAUUUUACAAAAAUAUGUAAAACAGAAAGAGCACAUAUUUAGUCAAAGAAAGUAUACGAAUUACGUUGCCAGUUUCUCAUAGUGGAUUCAUAACGUUCCUGAGAACUUAAACUUUUUAAGAGCAUUUUUAGUCCAUUUUUAUAUCUAUAUUAUUAAAAGAGAAGUACCCAAAUAAAUUAACUUUCAAUUUUUCAAUUUAUUUACAAUCAUAUGCCACUGAAGUAAUAAAUUUACUUACUUUUUAAGAUUUUUGUCUUUUAUACUUUAAUUAAUGCAUAUCCUAAAUCUAAUUUUAAUUUUUAAAACGAAUAUAAAUACAUAUUCAUAGGAAUUUCUAUUUUGAAUUAUGUAAAUGAAAGUAUAAAUGCAUAUUUAUAAGGGUUUUCUAUUUUAAAUUAUUCUUUCAACCAGCUUUGGUAACAAUGCAAUCGGUUUCCAUAUCUAAUAACAAUCAAUUCAAAACAAUUAAUUAAAUAAUUAGCGUGCGUAAAUAUAUGUUUGCAGAGAUUUUCCAUUUCAAAUUACUUUUUCUACUGUUAACCUUUUCAUAGAAUAAUUAAAUAAUUAGCUAAAAUUUUGGACUUCAACUAAUUUAAGAUGACCCAAAUUAUUAUGUAUGUUUAUACAAACUUAAGCCCAUAAUUAAUUUGCAAUUAUUGAAAAUUAAUUGAUACAUUCAUUUUUUAGAAAUCUUAAUCCAUUAUAUAAAAAACCGAUAAAACUUGUAAAAAUCGAUAAUAUAUUACGAUUAAAUUUUACUCAAAAAAAUUGUUAAUCCAUGCAAGUUCUCUAUUUCCUUCAUAUUUUUAUUGAAAAAUAAAUUGAAAAAUAUAUUAAGAUUAAAUUUUACAAAUGCAUCAUUUAGUAUAAACAAAAAAAAAAUAUCCGUGCGGGUGCGGAAAUCAAAGUUUAGAUGAUGGUAAAAAUCUAAAAACCUAACUUCUUACUUAGAAUAUAAAACAAAUUUUAAUAAUAUAGCUAAAAAAAUCUAAAGAAAAAAAUAACUAGGAGUUAUCUACUGGGUCAAGCAUGGUUGAUCAGGUAGUCAGAUUCCAGUUUUUAACAAUUUUUACAAGUUUUAUCGGGUUUUUUUUUGUGGUGUAAAUGUUAAGAUUCAUACCAAAGCUUUUCAAGUUUUUUACAGAAUUGUUGCACAAGCAACUUAUUUGAAGAAUCAAUAAAGAGGUUACAGGGGGAGAAAACAGAGAUUAGAAGAAAUUACUCAAGAAACUGCUGCUAGCUGUAGGGAUCGAUGAACCAGAAUAUCGUAAUGUUAUAUCGGGUUUUUAUAUAGUUGUAAUAAUUUUUUUUAAAAUCUAAACCGGAUUUACCGGUUCGGCCUUGAAUCCGGGUCGGAUUUCAAAACAUAUUACAAUAACUAUGUAACACAAGUAUAACAUUUAGUAUAACUAAAUUUUAAAAUUGAAAAUAAAUACCCGCGCGGUUGCGCGGAUCAAGGUCCAGUUUGUCUUUAUAAUAAAUAUUUAGAGACAAUAUCACUCCAAUCCAUCUCUAUUUUUUCUUCAUUUAUAGAAGGAGGAUAACAUUAUUUUAUAUUUUAGUUUAUAUUAAAAAAUUGUUAUUUUUAAAAAUUACAAUGAAACAAAAUUUAUCUCUAUUAUAAAUUUUUUUUUUGUGCACAAAUUCUUUCAUUACUAAUCAGUAGAAAGAUCUCAUGCCCAAGUUAUCCCACAUAUGAACACCAUUUACAAAAGCACAAGUGCAAAGAGAGUUUAGUCAACGCAUUGGCUUCUCCGUUUCGAUCACGAGAGGAAUGAAAGAAGGAGAUAUUGACGAACGCAAAGAAGAUCGCAUGGAUAUCACAAACGAUUCCAUGAAUUUCUUUAACCUGCAUGACUUGGUUGAUUGCUCUGCGUUGAUGAUUGCCAAACACAUUACUAGUGCUUCAGCCAUGAGAGAGGAGUUGACGAAGUCUUAAGUACACGAACCUUGGAGAGGUGUGGUGAAUCUGGUUCCGCAUCUGUAGAAAUUGAAGAACUUGCUUCAAAGAUGAGAGAGUUACUCGCAAGCCAAAUAGACCAACAUAUCCACAUGAGAAUGUUUCUAGAAAUUCUCGUUCGUGGAAGGCAAAGCUUGUCUUUGAAGAGAGUCAACACUUUUUCGAAUUCGUCUUCCGUAGCUAUGUGAACUACACAGUGAAGGAGAAUUUAUUUCCAAACUCCUGUCACAAAUGGGCAGGUGAAGAAUGUAUGCAUUGUUGUUUCUUUGGCUUGACAUUUAGUGCAUAGUAUCUCUGUCUGAAUGCCUCUUUUUUUUGUAAGUUGUUUCCUAAAGAGAGUGAUCCUUGUAUGAUAGACUACACAAACACCUUCAUCUUU